AAGAUGGGGUAGGGCUCUUUGGGGUCUGCCGCGGAAACAAGAUGACGAAGGGGACGUCAUCGUUCGGAAAGCGUCGCAAUAAGACGCACACGUUGUGCCGCCGCUGUGGCUCUAAGGCCUACCACCUUCAGAAGUCCACCUGCGGCAAGUGUGGCUACCCUGCCAAGCGGAAGAGAAAGUAUAACUGGAGUGCCAAGGCUAAAAGACGGAAUACCACUGGGACCGGUCGAAUGAGGCACCUAAAAAUUGUAUACCGCAGAUUCAGGCAUGGAUUCCGUGAAGGAACGACACCUAAGCCCAAGAGGGCAGCUGUUGCAGCAUCCAGUUCAUCUUAAGGAUUUCAACGAUUAGUCAAAAUAAACGUUCUGGUUUUAAAAA